AUGCACAGGAGGAUCUAUUCCAUAGAAUACGCGCGGAAAACGGGUUAUUCCGGCCGGCAGCAGGGCCGCCCCGCCUCGGCACCUCUGCGCUCGCAGCCCGCGCCGGCGGCCGCUUCCUCCCUCUUAUCCACUGACUUGGAACAGUCGGAGUCAAAGGGCGGACCCAGGAAACGUCCCUUUCCCGCUCGGAGCGCGAAACCCAGCUUCGCGGCUCCCGGGCACUCUGCACAUGCCCAGAGGCUGGGCAAGCUCAGUCGCUUCGCGGAGGAGGAGGAGGAGGAGGAGGGGCGGCGGCCCUCGCCCGCAGCCCCGGUCGCUUUCUGCGCGGGAAGCAAAGCCGCCCGCUCCCUCGACCGCCACCGCCCGCCCGACCCCGCCGUCUGCGCCGGUGUUCCCCCUGGCCGCCUGCCGCCGCGUUCCCGGGCCAGUUCUCCUGAACGGAAGGCGCCGACCCUGCGGGACCUGCCGGAAGACACCUUGCUGGACGUGCUGUCCAGGGUCCCCAAGCGGGAUCUGAUCCACAACUGCCGGCUGGUGUGCAAACGGUGGCGUUACCUCGUGGACCUUCCCGUGGUCUGGAAGCGGAAAUGCGAGCGCCUCGGGUUCCACCUGGAGCAGCUGGAGGGUGGCCUCCCGGACUGGAGGGCGUUUUUCUUCAGCCUGAGCAAGAGGAACCUCCUGCGGAACAGUUGCGGAAGAGCCUGGCUGAGAUACUGGGAACUUCGUCCUGUGGACUGGAUGGCUGAGGACAUCCCGAGAGGUUUCAGGAGACAUUUCCCCAAGAUAUUUAAAAAGAAAAACAAAUCCCCUCUCCCGGACAGCAUUUGGACUUGCUUCGUACCCACGUGGCACCAAAUUGGUGGUCUGAGGUUUUUUGUCAAGAAGAGCCAACGUGUCACCCUGCAGGACAAAGGAUUCCAGAACUGGGUAAUGGACGAAUUUAAGCCCAACAUCAUGGUGAAGGACUGCUAUUUUAACGUUGACAACUCCCAUUACCAGCUGACCGUGAAGCUGCUCUCGGCCGAUUUUCAAGCCCUCCAAAAAUUCUGCAAGGUCUUUGAAGUCCACGAAAGAGUGCCCACCGUCGAAGAGUGGCGGGGGGUUUUGUACACCUUUGAAAACUGCCCACGUGGAGUGCGCUACCUCGAUUCUGAGCCCAGAGUGGGCUGGCGGUCAGCAGUGAAAGUAACCAACAGCGGUAUUACAGUUGAUCUGUAUGAGGAGGAAGCAGCCUGGCUUAGGUCUCUUUAUUUAGCACUUUUAAGCUUUUGUACCUUUUUUUGGAGGGGGGAUUUUCUCUGCUGUGGGUACGUAUUCUCCGAGGCUGCAUGUUUACACUUAAUACAAACCACGAAAGCUGCCGAUAAUUACACGGAAUAAAGGCAAUAUUUUCAGAUCUUGUGGAGGGGGGGAUGAGAAACAGGAGAGGUCAUGAAGGUCUUUUGUGGACUGAGGCCCCCGUUAAAUUUCAGGUGAGGUUUUGCACACAGGUUCUCCGAGCCAAAGCACUGACUUCACAAGCAGCGCUGGGAGAAGUUCUUAAAAGCAGCAAGAACAAUCAUGCAGGCAACCGAGAAGUUUUACUUUGCCUCGGCUGCAACUUGAUAUUCACUAUUAAUACUUAGCAUUCCCCCAUACUGUUUUUUUUAAUGCAAAUUCAGAGUCUGCUUUUGAUCUGAGUAUUUUCAAAGUAAGACCUCUGAAGUUCCAGGCCAAGCUGUCAAAGUUAUUUUAGGCUGUCGUCUGAACAAUCUAAAGAAGGCUGAUCCCUUCUUGUGGAGCGCAGGAGACGGUUAACAAUGGUGAUGCAAAUGUGAAAAGAAACCACCUCUUCUUUGGAAUCUCCCUGCCGUGACUGUCUGCUCAGGCUCCGUUCUAAUUCUCAGUUUUCCACAGUUGAAAACUCCCUUUGUCAGGGUCUCAUGUCUCUUGCUGUCAUCUGAUGUUUUUGAAUUACUUUGUAAAAUUAAAAUCCCUGGAUUUUUUU